AUGGCGAAAAGAGGUGGUGAUUUUUCAAUAGAAGAUUCGAAUUCUGACACUGAAACGGACCGGGAAGAACCAGCUGAAAAGAUUGGCCGAAAAUAUGACGGAGCAGCGAAAUAUCGGGUAAAAUACAACCCCUCUUGGGCCAAAGAAUACCCUGUAAAAGCAGUUGACAAUGACCGAUAUAGCUUCUUCUGUAUACCAUGUGAUAAAUCUGUUAGCUGCCACCAUCAAGGACUUCGUGAUGUCAAAGUGCAUUGUGAACGAGAUACACAUAGGAGAAGAGUUGAAGAUGAGAAAAAGAGUCAUUCUAUACGAAGAUUUCUUUCAAAACCUGGGAAUUCUGGAAGCAAUGUUAUUAAAGCUGAGGUUAUGAUAACUAACUUCUUAGUACAACACAACCUGCCAAUUGCAACAGCGGAUCAUUUGGGCCCUUUGUUCAAGGAAAUAUUUCCUGAUAGCAAGAUUGCAGCAGCCUAUGCCUCAGGACACACGAAAACUUCAGCAAUAUUAAACGUUGCCCUGGGUCCCCACUGCCACAAUUAUUUAGUGGAUCAUUGCAAAAGCCAUCCCUUCAGUCUGGGUAUAGAUGGCUCAAAUGACACGGGAUUUAACAAGAUGAACCCUGUAACUAUCCGUAUAUUUGAUAUAAAUCGAUCAAAAAUGGUCACAAGUCAUUUUUAUGAUAUGUGUGUUACCAGUGGGGUUGAUGGAGGAAAAGCUGCAACCAUUUUUGAUGUUAUGGAUCAAAAAUUCACAAAAGAUGGAAUGCCGUGGCUGAAUGCUAUUUAGCCUAAGUGUGGACAAUACCAAUGCUAUGAUUGGACGCAACAAUUCGAUUGCAUCACGCUGUAAGACAAAAAACCAAGGCAUUUUUAUUUCUGGAUGUCCAUGUCAUUUGGCUCAUCUUGCUGCAACUGCAGCAAAUGAUUCUUUCGCAGAGAUUAUUGAUGUUAAUGUUGAGGAUGUGCUUAUCGACCUAUAUUAUUGGUUUGAUAAGAGUUCUAAACGCAAAGGAAAGCUUGCAGAGUACUUUGAAUUUUGUGACCAAGAGUAUCAGCAAGUGUUAAAGCAUGUCACCUGCCGUUGGCUUUCUUUGGAACGCUGUAUUGAAAGAGCACUUAAGAAGUUUCCAAGUCUGAAGUCUUACUUUCUGAGUGAAGGUUUUUCAGAUGCAAGGUUUAAGCGACUUAAGGAUGCAUUUUCGAAUCCUCUCCUGGAACCAGUCCUUCUGCUCCAUAAUGCAUCAAUUCAGCUGUUCACACAGUUCAACAAACUACUGCAGAGAAGUGAGCCAACAGUCCAUGUUCUGCAAACUUCUAUGUUGACCCUGGCCAAAAAGAUUGCAAACCGUAUUGUGAAGCCUGAAGUCCUUGUGAGGCAAAAUGUGGAGUACUUCUAUGACAGGUUUGAUGCAAUAUUUCAUGAAAUUCCAGUAGAUGCUCUUUUUGAAGAAUUUUGUGACUACCGAUCACUUACUGAUAGUGACAUUGGUGGGGAUGCUUGGCAGGCAGCAAAAGUGGUUGAUGCAAUGGAAGGUGGUACUGAGGUAUUUCAUUAUCGUGUUGACAUUCUUUGGUGGUACAUUGCACACAUGAAACAGCCUGGUUCCUCAGCAAAGAGAUUCCAGCACCUGACCAGAAUUGCAGAAGCAGUACUUGUGAUC